AUGACGACGGAGGCAGCACAGCAGGGGCUGCCCCCAAACGGGCCGCCGGCUCGUCCGGCGCGCGACGACGCGCCUGACGUCCGGCCUCGCGCGCGCCGGCGGACGGCCGCGGCGGCGCCCGUCGUGCGACGGCGGCCCGGCAGCGCGCGACGGCCGCGGCCGCGCUGGCGGACCGCGCUGGCGCUGCUCUGGUGCGCGCCUCUCGUAGACGCGCUGUCGGACCCGCCGACGAUACAGCCCUCGAUCGUGCCGACAUCGCCCCCGAGCAAGGUGCCGAUUCCCGUGCCGACGGCGACGCCGACGUCAACGCCGACGACGCCACCGUCGUCCGCGCCGACGCAAGUCCCAACCACAGAACCGACCGCGGUACCAUCCGGAUCGCCGACGCCGCACCCAUCUUUUAGUGCGGAGCCGACGGGCGUGCCGACGCCCGUGCCUACGCUGUUCACGAAGAACCCCAGCCAGGUUCCCACCUCAGUACCGUCGCGCGUGCCGACGUCGCCUCCCACGGACCCGCCGUCCGGCUACCCCUCGCCGGGGCCCUCGCGGCACCCAACGCCCGUGCCCACGGGCGUGCCGACGGGGCUGCCGACGGCCGGGCCGACGAUGAAACCCACCGGUAGCCGGGCGCCGAGGCCCGCGCCGACGGCCGUGCCCACGCCGGUCCCGUCGACGGCGGCCCCGUCCGAGGCACCUACGGACCAGCCGACGCCCGUCCCCACGAACAUACCCACGUCGGUGCCCACGACCGUGCCGACGACGGCCCCGUCGCCGCACCCGAGCUUCACGGCGCUGCCGACGACGCCGGGCCCGACGCCCGUGCCGACCGGAGUGCCGAGCAGCAAACCCUCGGCCCUGCCGACGGGCGUCCCGACGUUCACGCCGACCACGCUCCCGACGCAAAGAUCUGUGCGGAAAUGCUUCAAAAUGUGUCGCGUCGCGUCGAUGGCGUGCUGCUGGGAUAGAAUAUCUCCAAACGCAGGCCCGUGCCGACGCUGGCCUUCGCGCGCGAGCCUUUUAACUGUUCGCGGUACAACAACCCGAUCCAGGUCAUGCGCGUCGAUGGGACCUAUCGAGUGGUCGAACUCGAUUUCGCGACCGGCACCUACACCCUCAUCUACGAGCUCGACUGGAUGCACGCUUCCGCGCACACGAACGCCGUGGGUCUAGUGAACGCCAGGAUCGGCGGCGUCAAACAGAAUUACUUGCUUGGCGCGUUCUCGACGGAGCUCUGCUUCUUCGACGGGGAGGGCAUGGCCUGCUUCGACGGUACUUUAGAUCACAGGGCGCCGAACGCUGGAGUCGUGGUCGGGUCGGACUACUACUAUACCAAAUCGUUGGGCCAGGACCCUGGGGGCCAGACCAAGGUCUUUCUGGUGAAAGACGUUGAUACCAAAUCUCCAGUCUUCUCCACGUCCACGGCCGUCGCCUUCUCCGCGGACCUGUGGUACGCUGGUUUGGUCGAUAUCACGGGAGUGGUAGAAGGGGGCCGCGAGGUCUUUGACGACGGUGUUGAUGAUGCGACCUAUCUCGUAGGAUUGGAGACGGGCGCCACGAAGCUUGUUGUGAUUAGGAUCGACGCAUCCACCAGAUUACCGGACAGAUACGCCGUCCUCCGGGCGAACCUGAACUGGCAGGAAACGACGCCGAUCACGGGCAAGAGCCUGUUUGGAAGUGCCUUCAGCUACCCCAUCUCGGGCAAGUGGCGCGUCUUCUUCGCCAGUAAUGACGGCUGGGGCCUCUUCGAGCUCAUGCUCCCGCUCCAAGUACCUUCUUCCUGUUUCAACACGGGCACGGAUAGCAGUACGCACACGAUAUGCAAGGAGAGGAACGCGACCCUCGUCUGGCGGUCGAACUCCGACAGCAGCGCGAACAACGACGGCCUCAACUGUCCGGCGAACAUCACCGUCUCCUCGACCUUCUACCCGUCGCCCGUGCCGACGACGGCCGUCCCGUCCACACGACCGUCGGCCGCGCCGACGGCGGUGCCGACGGGCGAGCCGACGGCCGUCCCGUCCACAAUGCCGACGGCUUCGCCGACGGCGGUGCCGACGGCUGAGCCCACGAGCGCGCCCACGACGCCGCCGUCGCCCGAGCCCACGACGCCGCCGACGGCUGAGCCCACGAGCGUGCCCACGGGCACGCCGACGGGCGCGCCCACGACGCCGCCGUCGCCCGAGCCCACGAGCGUGCCCACGAGCGUGCCCUUCGCCGGGCCGACGGCGGUGCCGACAAGCGAGCCGACGGCCGUUCCAUCCAUGAUACCGACGGCCGCGCCCACGACGCCGCCGUCGCCCGAGCCCACGAGCGUGCCCACGGCGGUGCCGUCGCCCGAGCCCACGGCGGUGCCGACGGCUGAGCCCACGAGCGUGCCCACGGGCACGCCGACGGGCGAGCCCACGACGCAGCCGUCGCCCGAGCCAACGGGCGUGCCCGUGGCCGCGCCGACGGCGGUGCCGACGGCUGCGCCGACGUCCGUCCCAUCCACAAUACCGACGGCCGAGCCGACGGCGGUGCCAACGGCUGCGCCGACGUCCGUCCCGUCCACAAUACCGACAUCCGAGCCCACAAUCGUCCCGACGACGGCGCCGUCGCCGCUGCCCUCGCCGGCCCCGACGGGCUGCUUCCUGACCCAGCCCGCGUUCAAGAAGAUGUGCCUCGCCGACUCGCCGUGCGCCGUCACGUGGACCUACACCGGCCCCGCGACCGACUGCCUCGACGUCGACGUGAUCGCGACGCGAGACAACGCGACCAUCGUCGGCCCGCUGACGACGCCAAACGACGGCUCCUUCUCCUUCAAUUUGCCCUACGGCAUUCAAGGCGGGAUCUACGGCGUGCGCGUGGCUUGCACCGACGGGACGUGCGUCGACGCGACGCGGCGGCUCGCCGUCGCCUAUAGCUUUGCGCCGACGAUCGCGCCCUCCCCGGUGCCGUCAUCCAUGCCGACGUCCGCCCCGACGGCCACCCCGACGUCCGUGCCGACGCCGACGCCGACGCGCGCGCCGACGGCCGCACCCACAUUCGUCCCGACGACGCCGCCGUCGUCGCGGCCGAGCGGCACGCCAACAAACGCGCCCACAUUCGUCCCGACGACGCCGCCGUCGUCGCGGCCGAGCGGCACACCAACAACCGCGCCCACAUUCGUCCCGACGACGCCGCCGUCGUCACGGCCGAGCGGCACACCAACAACCGAGCCCACGUUCGUCCCGACGACGCCGCCGUCGCCACUGCCCUCGCCGGCCCCGACGGGCUGCUUCCUGACCCAGCCCGCAGACCUUGAUUGCGUCGCCGACUUGCCGUGCCCCGUCACGUGGACCUACACCGGCCCCGCGACCAGCUGCCUCGACGUCGACGUGACGUGUUUUCGAGACGACGCGACCAUCGUCGGCCCGCUGACGACGCCGAACGACGGCGCCUUCUCCUUUGACUUGCCCUACGGCACGAACAUCGGCGUCUACGGCGUGCACGUGGCUUGCACCGACGGGACCUGUGUGGUCGCGACGCGGCCGCUCGCCGUCCUAUAUACCUGGUAUCCGACGGGCGUGCCCUCCUCGGUGCCGUCAUCCAUGCCGACGACCCCGCCGUCGCCCGCGCCGUCGUUCCUGCCGUCGCCGACACCGACAUCCAUGCCGACGACCCCGCCGUCGCCCGCGCCGUCGUUCCUGCCGUCGCCGACACCGACGUCGCCGCCGACGCGCGAGGCCUCACUGGCGCCGACGAUCGCGACGGUCGCCAUCGACGUCUCGUGGUCGGCGCGGCGGAAUCGUACCUCUACGCGGCUCUCGAACGCCACGGCGACCACCGCGGGCGCCAACGCGUCCGACUGCGACCCCCUCGAGUUCUCGGACGGCGUCGCGGUGGCCGAGGACUACCUCGCGGAGUUGCUAGGCGUCGAGCGCAGCCGCAUCGGGCACAUGGUCUGUGCGGACAUGAAUGUGACGGCCAUGCCGACCGUCGCGCCGGCGGCGGCGCCGUCGUCCAUGCCGACGACGGCGCCGCCGACGGUGGAGGCCACCGCGGAGCCGACGACGGCGCCGCCGACGACGGUCGAGCCGACGAGCGCGCCUUCAUCAAUACCGUCUUCAUCGAUGCCGUCCGAGGUCCCCACGGCCGCGCCGACACCCCAGCCCACCAUCAUACCUUCAUCGAUGCCCACGCCCCUGCCGACGCUCAGUAGGAGACGCCUGCUGGACGACCAGUGCUUUUCUACGAAUACCACUACAAUCAUCACGUCGUACGUCGUGACCGUGGUCCUCCCGGCCGUCGAGCUGCCCGUCUACACGGGCGGCUCGGGAAGUGUGAUAGAGGUCGCCGAGGUCUUCGAGACGGUAAUGACGGCCACCUUCGUGAACGCGACCUUUAAGCCAGGUACCGAGGUCUGCUCGGUAACGGCCGUCGCCACGAAGACCGUCGCGCCCUCGCUCCAGCCCGUCCCUUUCCCGACCACGUCCAACCCCUCAUUUAUGCCGACGACGGCCACACCGACCACAGCACAACCUUCACCCUUCCCGUCGAUCUCGCCUCUGCCAACGAUCCAGCCCACUACAUUAGAUCCGCCGGACCCGCCGGUGAAUAUUACCCUGGACCCAGAUACCUCUGAGACGGCCUGGACCGACGAGGGUUAUGGGGGCGAGGCGGCGACCUACUUAUUGUACGACGGCGAUGUGUUGGCGGUCGCCGUGGACUCGGGCGACCGGCGGUUGAGGAGGAGACGGCUCGCGCGGUCGAGCAACCGCGAGCGCCACAACCGGAACCGGACGCACGGCGAGACGGACGGUUUUAACAAAGACGGAUCAAAACGAGAGUGGGACGCGAAGAAGGGCUGGCGGCGGCGCACCGCGGAAACGCUCAGUUUCGCGCUCGAGGAGAACGUGGCCUGCUUUUCGACGGUGACGCUGACGGUCGUGGCCGAGAACAACGCGGGCGCCUCGGAGCCUUCUGAUGAAGUCACACAGACGCUGAACGGGUGCUGGCGGGACCCGACGCACGUGCCGACGACGGCCGCGCCGACGACGGCCGCGCCGAGCGUCUCGCCUUAUCCUAGUCCGCAACCUUCCAUAAGUCCGGCGCCGACGGCGUCGCCCGCGCCAAGUCACCAUCCUUCGCAUGUACCUUCACCAUCACCUUCGUUGAGUCCCCUACCGACAACGGCGCGGCCCUCGAAGAUGCCGUCGCCCGUACCAACGCUCCCGCCGUCACCGGAAGCCGUCGCCGAGCCCAUACAAGAAGACCAGCCGCUCCUGGCGGCCGUGCCGGGCGGCGAGUGCUCCGUCGCGAGCGUCGCGCCCGCGGCGUUCGGCGGCGCGGCCGUCGCGGUCGCCGCCGGCGUCAAGGCGAGCCACGCCGGGUUAGUUGGGUUCCCGCUCGCCGCCCAAUUCGUAUUGGCGGGGGGCAUGGCGGACACGGGCGGCGACCUCUACUUCAUAUGUGAUAGACGGCGCCGGGCGAACGAGGGCGAGGAGGUCCUUGAGGAGGAGCGGCGGCGCCUGACGAGUUCGUCACGGGCGGAGCGGGCCCUCCGCUUGUCCAUCUAUCUGUGGAUCGCGCACGCUUUGGUGAAUUUGCUGAUCCUCAUAUACUUAGCCUACUGCCGCCCGGACGUCUGGGACGACCGGCCCUUCGCGGCCUAUCCCUUCACGAAGAUAAUGAUCUGGACCUGUGCGAUCUUAGGAAAAAUCGAGAUCGGCGUCGUGCUGCCGUGGAAGGCGUCCGAGGGCCACCAGCGCUACGACGUCGUUUGUGAUGAUGGGACUGUGUGGAGGAAGGUCCGCCACGGCUUCCUGCGGUCCCACCGCAUGGACGACGACGACGGCGACGACAAAGGCGCGCCGCCGUCGCCGGACCACCACUUCAUCGGUGGUCUAGGACCCGAGGACUCCGACGACGACGAGACCUUUGAUCUGGUCUACGACGACACCGACGGCCACCACUUCGUCGGGGGCUUCGCGGCGGGCGCGCCACCCGCGGCGGAGGAGUCACCGCAUUUGUCGGCGAGAAUGCUGGCGCGGACGCACGCCUGGGCCGAGCGGCAUCGAGAAGCGAGGGAGGACAUCCACGCUUUUUAUGCGAAACAUAACCCGGAGAAAGUGAAAGAAGCGCCCGCUCUGAUCGACAAGUACAAGGCCAAGGGCGUCCACGAGCCCGAGCUCCUGGAGGCCAUCGUGAAGAAGUACACGCGCGACAUCCAUGAAGAUCACGAACUCCACCGCUGCGACAUCGUGCAGAAGGUCCGCGCGGCGAGCACGCGCGACCUCAAAGUCGAAUCGCCACCGGUAACGCCGGACCAGUCGCGGAGCCUGCUCCCCCGCUUCCGGGCGGCCGGGCACGCCGUCAUCGCGGCGGAGAAACUGCGGAGGGACCCGCACAUUCUGGUGCACGCGCACGACGCGCACGCGCUGAUGAGCGCGCUCGAGGGGCGGGAGCACGCGUCGGAGCACCGCGUCGAAACGACGGCGAAGGAACUGUCGUUUCGCGUCACGCACCCCCACCACACGCUCGGCCACGACCUGCAUCACGACCUGGAGCAUCAGGCGUCGCACCUCGGCCACGUCGGCCACGGGCUCAUGGACGGGCUGUCGCACAUGGCUCAUGGGUUGGAGCACCAGGCGUCGCGGCUAGGCAGAGGAUUGGAACACCAGGCCUCGGCGAUGGGUCGGAGGCUCGUGCACGCCGUCAAGGCGCACCAUCGCUUGAAGGAGGGGCAGCGCGUGGCCUUCCACCACCCGGCGCGCGACGGUAGGGUCGUGCACGGGACGAUCAUGAAGCACCACGGGCGGCACGGCAAGCGCGUCGAGAAGAUCGGAUUUCCCGAUUCUAGAUUUUGCGUGUUGGCGGCGCUGUCGUCCGGUGGGUUUGCGGUGUUGCAUUUCUUGGUCAAGUUCCGGGCGUAUCAGGAGGACCCUUCAGACAAUGCCGCGAGGCUCUGCGCGGCGAUUAAUGGUUUAGUGGUCCUGGCCACGAUUGGCUUGGCCAUCGACAUGUGGCGCCGGGCGUAUCGCAACAAGCACCCGAAGCCCCACAAGGCGGACAGGCCGACGAAGAAGCAGUGGAAGCCCCGCGCGUGCUGCGUGGACGACACGACGGACGAUACGAUCAUCGACGUCCAGAUCGACGACCGGGAUGAUUUAGAUGGGCUCAUGCGCGCGCUCGAUGAGCCUGUGCCACCCAAGAAGAAGAAGAUCAAGCCCCGUCCGCCGACCGAGCCGCCGCUGCCCGACCCCGAACCGUCGUCACCGUCGGUCGAGGACGCGCUCAUGCGCGCGCUGGAGACGCCCGUUCCGGUCGAUCAGCCCGCGCCGCCGCCGAAGAAGAAGAAGAUCAAGCCGCGGCCGCCCCUCGAACCACCGCCGCCGCCCGAGGCCGAACCGAUCGAGCCGCCGCCGCCGCCCGCCGAACCGUCGUCGCCGUCGGUGGACGACCUCCGCCGCCGCUUCGAAGCGCCGGCACCCGCGCACCCGCACAUGGACGCGUUACAACGCAAGCUGGCCGACGUGCCGCCGCCGCCGCCGGGCUCCUUCGCCGCGUCGGCGACGACGGCCGCCGCCGUCGCCGCGACCGAGGCGGCGUCGAACCUGCGGCAGGCGGCCGAGGCCGCCCGGCGGUCGACGGAGGCGCUCCGCGCGGAGAACGAGGCGCGGCGCCGGCGCCACGCGCGCAUGCGAGACCCCUCGCCGGCGACGCGGCAGCGGCGCGCGCGGUCCGAGGACCGGGCCACGGCACGGGUGGAGCGCGGCCGGUCGGCUGCGCGGGACUUUGGCGAGAUCUCGAGUGCCCUGCAGGCGUUACCUCCAAGAGUGAUGGCGCGGACGCGGACCUUGGCCGAUCGCUACAGACGAGGAGAUCCACCACCGGUGCACCCCGCCCUGAGCCCCGUCCGCGGCCUCUACGACGCCAACGAGGAGGCAAAGGCCGACGCCGUGACUCUCACCGUCGAGGACGACGACGACGAAGGCGUCGCCGAGGCGAAGGCCGAGGCGAAGGCCGAGGCCGUCACCUUGACGAUCGAAGACGACGACGACGAUGACGACGAAGGCGUCGCGGAGGCCAAGAACGACGAUCCGCUGACCCGCGACGACGAGGCGGCGAUCUACCGCGUGAAAGAGGAAGCGGCGCCCGAGGAACCGGCACCGUCGGUGGGCGACCUCGCCCGCCGCUUCGGCGACACCGUGCGGCCGCGUCGGUCGACUGCGGACGACAUCGAAGCCAUGGCCAGCGCUCUCGAGGGCACGCCGACUGGGGAGAUUGUCGGGGAUGUUGCGGCCGUCGACGAGCCUCCCGCGCCACCGACGCGGCCCCGUGGCCGUCGCUCCCGCAGCCGCUCCCGCAGCCGGGCACGCUCCCGCGCGCGCGGCGAGCAACGCCUCGAGCGCUCGGGCGGCGUCAGUUCGAGCGAAAGGGCCCAUCUCGCGGGGCUCCUCGCCUCGGUGCCGUCCCCCGGGCCCGAGGACGCCGAGGUCGCGGCUCUCACGUCUUACGCGGAGGGCGCAGCCGGUCCGGUGGAGCCGUCCCGGACGCCCUCGCCGGACGAGGAAGCCGCUUUACGAGCGUACGCCACGCCGAUGCCAGACCGCUCACCGUCGCCUGACCAAGUUUCCGCGCUCCAGAACUAUGCGAACCCCACACCAUCCACGCCUCCCCAAACGAGACGGCGCGCGCCGGCGCCGGACGCGGCUGUGCUCGAAGGGCUCGAGCGCUAUGCUGGGCCCCAGUCGCCAGGUGGCUUGCGGGGCUAUGUCCGCGACGUUUACCGCAAUAGUUGGCGUUAUCGCGCGCCGUCGCCGACACCUUUGCCGACCGACGAGACCGACGAGACCGGUGGCGCCGACGAAGAUCCGCGCUAG